GAUCAGUUAGUAAACAAAUAGUAGCACUUCGCGCUCGGUGCAAUUUAUUUUUUGAAUUACCUAAUUUUUAAUCAUAUAAACAAGACCACAGCAAAGCUGCCAAGAAAAACAUUUAUUUUUUAUUAAUAUUGCUAAUCUGAGGUAUUCCAUCGUGGUUAAUCGCAGUUGUGAAUCCGUCCUUUCGCCGCAGCUCUUAUGGCAGCGCAAGCACUUAUAUCCCGCGAAAUGCGGAUAUCUGAGGCCUGCAGGAUAGCCAAAGACUUUACGGACCGCUUCUAUCAGUGCUUGAAUACCGAGCGACACCGCUUUUUCUUAUGGAUUCUAUGUCUGCAGUUGUUAAAGAAUAUGUACGAAGAAAGUGGGAAACUAAUAUUUAAUGGCCAUGGGUACUGCGGACCGGAUGCGAUUGGAAAGUUCUACGAAAAUCUGCCCAAGUGCUCAGCCAGGUUGAAUGACGGUGGCUUUGAUGCCCAUGGAAUUGACGACAAGUAUCUGAACGGUACGUCAGCGAUUUUGAUCUCAGCUGCGGGAAGCGUGGUAUACGGCAACCACGAUAAUCCAUCCAGUCACGAUGGACGUUCUAAGAGUUUGAAGCCGCUGGACUUCUUCGAGACCUUCGUGAUCACCGCCAAGAGCGGCACCUGGAAGAUCCAGUCCGACAGCUUUCGCCACCAAAACUGCAAUACGGAUUCCAUGCUGAAGACGGACGCAUAUAUCAGCAUGCAAGAAUGAAUGAUGAUGCUGUUAUUUGUUGUUAGUUACACUGAGCAACGAUGCGGAGAAGUAUUAACAGUAAAUGGAACAGUAAAUGAAAUGAAAAUAAUUAUGAAAGUUGAUUCAUACGGAGGCAUCCAAUAAACAGUAGCCUAUCUUGCAAGGCUAGAGUAA